AUGCACCUGGCGUGCGCACAACCGAGAAAGAGCUGCGCAUCAGUGACGAAAUUGCCACAAAAGCGGGCACAAGAUGGAAAAGCCGCUGAUUGGAGUCGGACUCUGCUAGUCGCGCGGAAAAAUAGCAACGCCGACAGGAUCAACUUCACGCGCAUCGAAAAGAGGGGACCAAGAGCCGCCCCCAGGGGGGGAAAGGGGACCGAGGGUCCCCGAGUUGGCCUGAGAGCCGCCCCCAGGGGGGAAGGGGACCGAGGGUCCCCGAGUUGGCCUGAGAGCCGUCCCCCAGGGGGGGAAGGGGACCGAGGGUCCCCGAGUUGGCCUGAGAGCCGUUCCCUAUGGGGCAAAGGGGUCAAGAUCCGGGUGUAG